CAUCCCGCGCUGGAUUCCAGCUUCAGCUCGCCGUUUCAGUCCGACGCUGAAACUCCGCGAGACCGAUCGCGCUGUCCCUUUCAGCCCCUCUCGUGUCGUCGGCGUGCUCCCGGUCCCUGGGCCUGUCCCGGCAACGUGCUCCCUCCAUCCGAUCCCUGUAGGCGAACUAUCCGUGACGUAGUGACGCAAUACAGUUUAAAGUUCGCAAUAAGUUUGGUUCUUUUUAGAUGCAUGGAUUUUCUCGGUUCACGCUCAUAAAACCGCGUUCGGCUCUCUUCGGAUCCCGGGAUUUUGUGGAUUCGCACCGAUAAAACCCGUGCUUUUCUUUUUGGAUUCCCGGAUUUUCGGAGUCCGCACCGAUAAAACCCGUGUAUUUUUCUUUUUGGAUUCCGGGAUUUUCGGGGUCCACACUAAUGAGACUGUGUGUAGCUCUUUUUCGAUUUCUGGAUUAUCGCGGUGAUACGCACUGAUAAAACCGAGUGAAUUUCGUUUGAGACGUUCGGAUUUUUCGAUUUCGCUCGAACGAAGCCGAGGUGUUUCUUUUCAGAUGCAGGAAUUGUCUGGAUUCGCGCUGGAAAAAUUGCGUGUAUUUCUUUUUGGUGCGAGGAUUUUGUCAAUUUACACGAGUUGAGCCGCGUGUAUUUCUGUUUUCUCGGUGCGCGCUGAUGAAGUCGCGUGUAUUUCUUUAUGUACGUCGAUUUUCUUGAUCCGCGGGUGUAAAGUCACGUGGGGUUUUUCAGUUCUAAAUGCGUGUAUUUCUUUUUGGAAGAUUAUCGGAUCCUUUCGAUUUUCACUGAGAGAGCCGCGUGUUUUUCUCUCUUUGGGUACUCAAAUUUUCUCUCCUUGCACUAAUUUGUUUCGAAUUGAGUUCGCUUUGAGUGUUAAUAAAAUAAACUCAGCCGAGUGAUUUUUGUUGGUUUCAGGUGUUAUCGUGUUGGAUUACCAAAGAAAAACAAUUGUGGAAACUGGAUUCUCGGAUUGCCUGACGGUCUCCGCGUGAUGGAACUUCCCCCGGGUGACGGACAUCCACUUCAAGAUCACCCAUCGUCCGUGAGCAAACCCGACUCCUCCCGCGAAUAAACGCGGCAAUCGGGGGGCAUCCGGAUGUCCCCGUCGGCGUGGGACGAGCGAUGCGCGUGUCGCGGCGCGCUCGAUGGUGGCGCCGGGCGCUGAGCCGGGCGGGCGGCGAGUGCGUUGCGGGAGCCGGGCGUCGGCGCGCGCCCUCUGGCGGCAUGAGAAGGAAGCGGACGCCGGUUUCGUGAGCGAUGUCGGGCUAGGACUCGGCCGUCCUAUGGGGAAGCUCAACCUGGGCGCCGGAAGCAUAGUCGUCUGUUUUCUCAUCGGGUUCGUCUUGGGGCUCGCCAAGAGGGCUUCGCGCUCCGUCGAGCCUCGCUCCGCCGUCGUCCUCCUCUACCAUGAGCAGUGCUCGCAGCAGCCGCGUUCCCACUUCAACCUAAGCGAGAUCCUCGCUGCCGAGAUGAAGGACGUCCAGUUCAGGAAGGUGCCCAAGUCAGAAAUGUGCAACUCGACAUCGAGCAGGGCUGCCGCUUUUUUGAACGCAGUCAAGGACCCUAAAACUAGGGUCAUAGUCGGCUCCCUGGAUUCCCCACUUUGUGGUCUCGCGCGGUCUUUCACGGAACUACACAACGUCUCUUUUGUCACUUGGAGCUGUCCUGAGAUGUCGAGCGAUUCGCCGAAUCUCGUAAGCAUCCUCCCGCCAAAGCGGGUUAUCAUGAGUGCUAUCGUGAACGCCAUAAGUACAAUCCGAUGGAAAUCCGUCAGUAUCAUAACCAAUUCAGGAAAUUUGAAUUUCCCGGUUACAAGAAACUCCAUACUCUACGUGAGUCAUAUUGCGCCUUACAACGGUUUUGGCUGGCUUCUCAAUCCGAGCACUGUUCCUUUAGGAUUUGAAGGAGCGCAUAUUGCAUCUAUGAGACUUGAUUCGGAGAGAGUAAGGUACGCCAAGUAG